AUGUGUUGUGUUUAUUAUGCAACUAAUAUGAUCCGCCGUCAUCAAGGUUUUUCUCUUCAACAUUCGACAUCAGAUGCUCCAAAUCGAAAAUAUGAAGGAGAGUAUAUAAAGUAUGAGACUAAAAAGUAUGGAUCCGAUUUCUGUGUCGCUUAUAAUGUGACCAGAGCGACUGGAGAUUUUCGAGACGAUGGGUUGGAACCGAUCUCACUUGUACUUCAUGCCACGUCGCAUUAUAUGAGAGAGAUUGAGGGACAGUGUUCCUCUCGUAACUGGAAUGGCCCAAUCUCCGUUUCCCUUUUCGUUGAUCGUACUUCAAGUGAAGCAGUCGAUUAUCUUCAUGAAGUGCAUCGGUGUUCCACGAAAGUUAAUCAGAAGCUAAGCCUCCACAUUGUCUACCGAAUGUCUCCAUUCCAAAAAGUGUGUGAUCCCAUUAUAGUGAAACGAUCGUUGAGAAAAUGCAGCACGUUCAAUGCAACUAUAAGAUCACGAGAGCGUGGUCGUGUGAUCCCUCCGUUUCAAAUCUAUCCAAUUAAUGUUAUGAGAAAUGUUGCAAGAAAAGGAGCUUUGUCGUAUAUUCAUAUGACUGCUGACGUAGAAAUGGUAUUCAGUGAGGGAUUCGCAGUAAAAAUGAAAGCGUUGGCAAAUAAAUAUAUUACUGAGAAGGAUAAGAAGUUAUUAGUGAUACGAAGAUUCGAAGUGGAUAACAAGGCACAUGUGCCUGUAGAUCAUAAGGAGUUGUUUGUGAUGAUCAAAGCUUUCCGUGCAUUCGAGUUCCAUCACAAAUAUUUCCCAGCGGGGCACACGAUCGAGUCUUUAUGGCAAUGGUUCCGGAUGAGUAAGAAUCAAACGGAAGCCUAUGCGUGGCAGAUUGAUUAUAAAAGCAGUUCCUGGGAAGCACAAUUAAUUCUCCAUCGAAAAGAUCCCUACAACCCGGAAUACAUUCCAACUAGAAUUCGUGACCAGCAGAGUCUGGUCUACGAGUUGUGUCGUGCGAAUUAUACAUUUCACCUGGCAUCGCACGUAUUCAAUGUUCAUCGAGGAGUCAAAACUCAAGAAACUAAUCUGUCAUCAGCGGUGCUCACACAUCAGAAACGGUUAAGGACUCGAUCAUACAAAAGAUUCAUGCACUAUAUCAACAGUACGUAUCCGGACACUUUCGACCAAUGCGGAAAAUUCGUCAUGUGA